AUGUCCCCCCUGCUAAUCACCCUGAUGGUCUUCGGCGGCGUCACCGGUCUGGUGAUCGCCGUGGCGAUGCUGUGGAGCGGCGACAAAGAGGCGGAGGUCGAGGAGCGUCUCUCGGCGCUCACCUCCGGCAAGGGGAAGGGCAAGGACGACAAGAAGCCGACCGACGCCGAGCUGCUCGCCAAGAAUUGGAACAACGGCGCCGGCGCCAUCGAGCAGGCGAUCGCGAACCACCUGAACCUCGAGCGGCUGUUCGCCCAGGCGGACGUGUCGUUCACCGUCAGCCAGUUCAUCCUCGCGGCUGUCGGGGCGGCCCUCAUCGGGUUCUUCGCGCCGACGGCGCUCGGGAUGCCGGUGAAGUUCGCGCCGAUCUGCUCGGCGAUCUUCGUCUUCAUGCCGUUCGCCUGGCUGGUGAUGAAGCGGAAGAGCCGGAUGAAAAAGUUCGCGGCUCAAUUGCCCGAGGCGCUGGAGCUGAUCGCCCGGGCGCUCCGGGCCGGCCACAGCCUCGGCGCCGGCAUGAACCUGGUCGGCAACGAGAUGUCGCCGCCGAUCAGCCAAGAGUUCAACCGGACGUACGAGGAGCAGAACCUCGGCAUGCCGCUCGAAGAGGCGCUCGAGAACCUCACCGAGCGUGUCCCGAACCUCGACCUCAAGUUCUUCGUCACCGCCGUCAUCCUGCAGAGGCAGACCGGCGGCGACCUGGCGGAGAUCCUCGACAAGAUCGGCCGCUUGAUCCGCGAGCGGUUCAAGAUCUGGGGUCAGGUCCAGGCGCUCACGGGCGAAGGCCGCCUGUCGGGCAUCGUGCUGCUGGCGCUCCCGCCGGUGCUGUUUGGCGCGGUGUACCGCAUGAACCCGGACUACCUGAUGCUGCUGUUCACCGACGACCUGGGCAAGAAGAUGCUCAUCGGCGGCAUCGUGAUGCAGCGGAAUCGAACGCCUUCCGGCCGCGAUCCGCCGCCGAGCUUCGUCCCUUCCGCAAUCCGCAAUCCGCAAUCCGAGCUCCGCAUUCCCAUGGAACCCCUGCUCGCCGCCGACCUCGUCAGCACCGCCUUGCUGGUGAAGCUCGCCGUGUUCGGCUGUGUCGCCGCGGCGAUCUGGUUUGCGCUGGAUUACUUCGGCAGCAACGGCAGCGAACGCGCCUCGGAGCGUCUCGACGAGCUCAGCGACCCGACCGGUCGCCGCGCUUCGCGUGAGAAGAAGCAGUCCGACGCGAUGGCGAAGCUGAUCUCGCAGGCGACGCCGACGCUCGCCGCGCCGCUUCAGCCGAAGACCGAAGAAGAAGAAGGCAAGCUCAAGCAGCGGCUGCAGUACGCCGGCUUCCGCAACGAAGCGGCCGUCAGCGUGUUCCUCGGGUCGAAGUUUCUCUGCCUGAUCGUCGGCUUCUUCGCCGGCGGCGGGGCGGCGUACUGGACCAAGGGCCUGACGCAGGACGCGAUGAUCAUGACGGUCGCCAUCGCCGGCGUCAUGUUCUUCUUGCCGGACAUGGUGAUCUGGUUCCUCAAGAAGUCGCGCCAAGACUCGAUCUUCUACGGGCUGCCCGACGCGCUCGACCUGAUGGUCGUCUGCGUCGAGGCGGGCCUCGGCCUCGACCAGGCGAUGCGCAAGGUCAGCGAAGAGAUGCGGAAGACCUACGGCGUCCUGGCCGAAGAGUUUGCCCUCUGCAACCUCCACCUGCAGAUGGGAUCGCCGCGCAACCAAGUCCUGUCGGAGCUUGGCAAACGGACCGGCGUCGACGACCUCAAGGCGCUCGCCGCGAUCUUGAUCCAAGCCGACAAGUUCGGCUCGAGCGUCGCCCAAGCGCUCCGCGUGCAGAGCGACUCGAUGCGGACCAAGCGGAGCCAGAUGGCCGAGGAGAAGGCGGCGAAAACGGCGGUGAAGCUGAUUUUCCCGCUCGUGAUCUUCAUCUUCCCGGCGAUCUUCGUCGUGCUCGUCGGCCCCGCGGCGAUCACGAUGAUCAACGAGAUGUUCCCGGCGAUGGCCGGCUGGGCAAACUGCGUCGUCCGAUCGGGUCGCACGCGAAGCGCCGCAGCCGCGGAUCGCGCGGCGUCGAUACUUCCGUUGAGAGACGACUACGCGCGGCAGGAUCGCCGCGCAGCGCCGCGAACACCCGCGGGUCCCAGGGACGGAGUAUCGAAGAUGAAACGGUUCUUGAUGACCGUGGCCGCCGCCGGCCUCCUGGCGACCUCGGCCGACGCCUUCUGGCUCGGCGAGUGCUACCACUACCUCGAGUCGGGGCGCGAGGAGAACAACCAGUGGCCGCAGCAGUACGUCGGCCAAGAGCGGAUCAACACGGCCGCGCCGUUUGAGAUCAUGAUCCGCAACGG